CUUUAAGAGCCAUGCAGAAGCGCCGGUGAGAGUGUUUGUGUGUGUGCGUGCGCGUGUCAGCCGUACCCAUCAUGGCCUCUGAGCAGCAGCUGGUCAGACCGAUCAGACGGACCCAGCCCGUCAGACACCGGCACCGGUGAAGAGGCUCCAUGUGUCCCUCAUCAUCUCCAUCAUCGUCGGUCAGAUAUCUGAGCAGAAGGGCUGCGCUCCGCCAGCCCGGUGCCAGCAUGAAUAAGGAUUACUCCAUCAAUCUGUCCGUGCAGCGGGUCCUCAGUCUCUUGGUCCAGGGCACGGUACCGACCUUAAAGGACUUCACAGAAAUGUGGUACUGUGUGUUUCUCUGGUGUCUCUUCUCAUCUGUCUUCGUCCACGGCGCUGUGGGUCUGCUCAUGUGCGUGACGCUGCAGCGUCAUAAGAGAGGCCGCUUCAUCACGGUGGUCCUCAUCAGCGUGGGUUUCCUCGCAUCGCUCACUGGAGGAGUCAUCACCAGUGCGGCCGUGGCAGGUGUGUAUCGUGUGGCGGGGAAAGGCAUGACUCCAUUAGAAGCUCUGGUGUUUGGCGUGGGCCAGACGGCGUUCACCGUCAUCAUUUCAUUCUCACGGAUAUUGGCCACGCUCUGAACGGACAGACUGGCUCACGGAUACAGCCAAUCAGCUCACAGAGGAGGAGAAAGUGGGUGUGGCCCAGGUGAGUGGCCUUUGGUACGGUGAGACGGAUGAGCCGCUGAAUGAAACCCUUUGGAAAGGCGUCGAUCGGUUCAGACCGCCUGGAUGUGAAAUCAGCGUAAGAGCUGUGCACAAGCCUUUGUCAGAACUCAAUCAAAGUGCCAUUUGCCUUGACGGUGAAUUACGAUGACUCUUCACACGUCAUGAACGUGUUGUUUUUGCACACGGAUCGCUGCAGCUUUAUGUCGGCCGUGAUGUAGUAAAGUGGAAACAAACUGCGACCAUGAUCACGCCAUAACCUGUCUCUCUUUCUUGUUCUCUUUUCUUUCUCACUCUCCCACACGAGCUGAGCGGUCGGAAACAUUCCUGUUGUAUGUAAAGAUUUUCUCUCUGUGUUAUCACUUCACCAUUUCUUCCACUUUGCACAUUUUACAUGUUGUUGGAAGGUGCUUCAAUGCUCUAAAAGUGUGCGAACGCUAAACGACAUGGACAUGCAUUCAAAGAUUCAAAGAACUUAUCCAUAAUGGAACAAAUCCUUUUUAAAACGGAAACGAUUAACACUGAUAUUUCGAUUUCUGUUAAGUAUUGAUUGAUAGUUCGAUGUUAUCCGUCGGUUUGGAUUAUAUCAUGGGUACGUUCGCCCUGUACAUGUUGAAAUCUAUACUCUUGUCUUUAUGUAUAAUCCACUUUAUCCAGCAUUACUGUGGCAAUACUAUCCCAGCGCAUAUAUGGAGACUUUAAACCUUAGGCCUUAAAAGACGAGACGCACGGCUCUCGUGUGUCGAGUGUAUGUGAGAAUACGUCCUGAACUGAUUCAACACACUUUGAAAGACUUUUGUGGAGUUGAAUCAUGAGGCGAUCCUCUGUCCCUCGGGUUUCCCUGCCGCACGCCACACGGCUGCAUUAAAAACACGGUGAUGUUAGGGUCCCUAAAUGUAUUGUGCUUGAAAGGUCGAAUGCAGAAGUUCUACUGAGGCCACGAGGAAACAAAUGGAUUUUUGGCUGAUGAUCGGAUGUGUGAAAACUGCAGAUUGCACUUGUCAUACUGUAGUUUGCCUUCCAUAAGAUUCCCAGAAUAUGCAGCUGAUCUGUCAAGGCCAUUUUGAAGAUAUUGGUUGAACAAUGUGAAAUGUGUUUUACCUCACGUUUGCCACUGGCAUAUUCACGACAAAUUAUGUUUAAGUUUGCUUAUUUUACGUUUGAUGAAUUUUAUGCUGUAAUGAAGCGAUGUGAAAGACCAUUUGAGAUUCUGAACUUGGUUCAGGAAUGGUUCACCCCAAAAAUGGUCCCCAGUGACUUUCCAUAGUAGGAAUGAAAAUGACUCGGUCAAGUCAAUGGGGAUCAUUUUGGGGUGAACUAUUCUUUUAAUCAUUGGGGAAAAAAGUGUAUUUUAUAUUUAUUUUAUUUAAGACAUGUUUUAUUUCUGGUAGCACUUUCUAUGAGGUCUUUUAGUUUUUACAUACAAGUCUUAUACAGUAUAUACAAUUAACAUAUUUACAGACCUAAUCUGUCAUUUUUUUUCAUUAUGUUGAAAAGUUGAUUUCAAAACCAUUUGCAACUGCAUUAUUAUGUUGUCAAGUAUUACUUUUAAAGUAUUUUAAAAGAUUACCUGCAUUUUCAAAUGGUGUUACAAAACCUCUUCAAACUGAUGCCAAAUUCUUUCUUUUUGUACAAAGCAGUACAAAAAACGCAUUAAUUAUUCAUAUAGAUCUUAUUUUAUACGAAAAUGCUUUAUAUUUUCAUAUAUUUUAAAUGUCUAUUAAUAGUUAUUCCUUUCGUAAUCAUUGUGUCAAAGCACAUAACAUCUGCGGGUCGCUUCAACACAUUGUAUGGUAUGAAAGAAGUGAUGUCUGAUGUCACAGAUACGCACAGGAUUUCUCUGUUCUUUGUUUAAGCCAAAGUAUUCUUUAUCUCUUCAGCUUUAGUACUUUUUAUUGAAUAUUGUUUUUUACACAAUCAUUUGACUUUUGCAUUUUGCAAACUUCUUAGCACUGAUCCGUGAAUCUGUUUUAAGACCCACAGAAGCAAGCUUGAGGCGGUUUCUCCUUUUGUUGAUACUGUGAAAGAUUUUCAGAUCAUAUGUAGUAAUUUAAGGUAUUUAUGAGGACAUGGGAUGGUAAUUUCUUUCAGAUGCAACUAGUAGUUAAGCGUCAAUUUGAGAUGAGCCCAGCAGAGGGCGCCAGUGUACUGUGAAUGAGCGUUUAUUGCAGAAGAAACGAUUGUAGUUUUGGUGUGCACACUUUAUUAUUAUGAAAUUAUUUUAUUGAGUCAUGUUGAGAGUCAUUAUUUUGUUUAUUUAUAUUAAAAUUCUUGAUUUGACAUUUUUCAUAUACAAAAUUAAUUGACAGUAUACAAUUAAUAUUGUUCAGUAAAUGAUACAUUUAUAUUUAAUCCAAAAUGUAGCCACACACUUUUCAACGUCUUUUUGCACUUAUAUUACGGUUGUAAAUAGUUUUUUCCUUUAAUAGGCUAAUAUUUUUGUUGACUUUCAAGGUAGGAGUAAAUCCAGCAUGAUUUGUUAAAGGGAGAAAACAUUUCGGCACACAGGUGGUUGUGUAUAUAUAGAGUUUCUUUCUUCAACAACUUUUGUUUGUUUGUUUGUUUGUAUAUUUGCUCUUUUCAAGCACCUUGUUAAUUAGUGAAGUUGCCGAGACCACAAUAACAUCAGAUUAACAACAACACAUAUCAAUAUAAAAAAUACACUUCAUAUUUAAUUUCAAUAAAAGUUCAAAUUGAAAUGAAAAUAAAACAGAAAUGGAGAAUGAAACGUAUAUACAGCAUGACCCUAUCAUGUGUGUUUGCUGUGUUUGAAUGAAUGAGUUUCUCAUGAAGAAACCCAAGCUUUAGGCUUCUUGUUUUGUUAUAAAUAUAAGGUUUGUGUACAUGAAUGAAGCUAUGUAGAUACAUGUUAGAGUCGUGUUACAGCAUGCCGUCAGUGUUGUUUGGUUGUGUGUAUGUUGUUGUGUUUGAGCUUUAACUCUCAUCAAAUGUUCAAAUGUUUCACUUUUAAGAUUUGAUGGUUUGGCUUAUUUGAUAAGGUUCGAAUGCCAUUUAUUUUUGAAACUUAUAAAGAUGUUUUUAAGUACUUUUAUUACUGCUGCCUUUCGAUCUCUUAUUAUUUUAUGUUGUUGAAGAAAUGGAAAGAUUGGCUUUUGUUGGUUUGCACAUUUUUAAGGGCCAGCGGCUCUGAGUUUGGACGGCCAUCAAAUCAAAUUCACAUCUGCUGUGAUUCCUUAAAAACGUUCCUUAAGAAAAGUAGUUUUAUUUUAAACUGUAAUGUGCCAUGAAUGGUGGUGUUGAGGAUUGGAGGAUUCGAUCAGUUUCCUGUUUAUAAUGGUUUCAGAUCUCGGGAAAUACUUGAGACGGAGAAUAUUGAGAAUAUUGCAAUACAUAGAGAGACAUGAUACUGAACACAUCCCAGACUCACACUUGUGUGUCCUUGUUGGCAUACAAUGAUUUCACAAAGUCUGGCUUCUCGCUCGGACUUUGGAGUUUUUGCGAAUGGAUUUCUGACAAUCCUACUCAACCGCUGCUCCACUGGAAGUGGCUUGUGUAAAUUGUGUAUAUGUUCUUUUUUAAUUUUUUAUCUGCAGACAUCUGUGCUUUUCAGCACAUCUAUUUCUGUACAAAUGUUCCUCUGUAAAAACAAACACCUGCAGUCAGUUGAAAUAAAAACGUU